UGCUCGGCUUGCGUCGGCUCGCGCUAGUGAAACUCGACGAUGCUCCAGAGGGUACCAGACUGACGCAGGCGUAUCGGCCACCCCUAGCAGCCCCGAUGAUGGCGUCGCCUUGUCUAGACAGCAGCAGCUUCUGGAAAUGGCGAUUGCCGUGGUGUUUGCAGAGUAGUGCCGAUUGCGUCUGCAAUGUCUGGUACUGUCCUCGUCGACGCCAGGCAUUGGAGACCUGAGGGCAGAGGCAGACGUGCCUACAAUACGUAUGCCCAGCCUCGCCCGACGACCCCCUCUGCCACACCCUCUUGCUCUUGCUCUUGCUCUUGCUCUUGCUUUUGCUUUUGCUUUUGCUUUUGCUUUUGCUUUGAUGGACCAGCAGAAGACCAUCGUGACCUCGCUCAUAUGCAUGCCCGUCUGUUACCCCACAGUCGGCGAGAUGCACUGCACGCUGCACAGGUCCUAUUGCGGCCUCUCCAUGGUUUGCCCAGAGCCGAGCGUAGCCAUGCCGUCCUCGCUCUCCAUGCGCAGCCAGCCCCCAUUCUUCUUUUCUUCUGACAGCAUCAUAUCCACCUUGGCACCGCUCCUCGUCACGCGUCCCGGUAUCGGCUCUCGUGGGGGUUACGCAAAAUUUUGUAAUCUGCCCAUGGCUGCUAUGCUGGGCGCGAUGAGGGCCGUAGCGGCUGCGGAAAGCGUCGGCGGGCCCACAGCGGACCUCCGACAAUCAAACUCCUUCCCCCCGCCAUGGCCAUUGACUUGCACGCAUUGAGCAUUGAAACGCCUUUCUGUCGCCAUAAUGUCGCGGCAUUGUAAUGUACAACUGUGUCGCAGAAUAUUGCGUUGCAGGUACACGCA